AUGGCAUUGGUUAGAAAUACGCAACCAUCCGACUUCAAUGGCCUAGAGUGGGUGCGGAACCUCUGGGGUUCCAAGCCUCGCUGGGCGGUCAAUCUGGACGAGGAAGCUAUCAAGCAGACUGUUCAGUCCGCACUCGAGCUUCCUGCCCCCUGCGAUAUCGAGUUCCUUGCACAGGGUGCAUUCAACAAGCUCUACACCAUCAAAUCUACCGGAAAGGAGGUCGUGGCCCGAGUGACGCUGCCAGCCGACCCAAUCUGGAAGACUCUAAGCGAGGUGGCGACUCUGAAAUGGGUCCGCGAGAACGCAAGCCUACCAGUUCCCGAAGUCCUAGCGUACCAAGCAGACCGAGCCAGCGCCAUCGGAUUUGAGUGGAUUGCCAUGACAAAAAUGCCUGGCAAGCCGCUGGCCGAGCGAUGGUGGGAUAUCAGCUUUCCGGCCAAGGAAGAAAUUGUCCGCCAGCUCGCCUUGUUCUGCUCCGAUAUUUUCGGACACAGAAUCGUCUCGGCAGCGUUUAUCUGGGAUGAUCACAUUCAUCAAGAUAUUCCUCGCGGCCCCUUUGAGUCCAGCAAAGACUGGCUAUCGGCUAGGCUAACACUCGCGCAAAAUGACUGUCGCAAACGCUUGAGUCGCUUCCAAGAGGACAAACGGGACGCCAGCCAUGAAGGUGCUAAGACAGAAGGAAUGCCAGAGGAGGAAACGGAGGACGAGGAAGAGGAAGAAGAGGAUAACCUUGAAGAACUCGAGCAUACCAUGGACAUCAUUUCACGGCUUAGAAGUCGCUUGGACGAGUUCUUUCCCACUAAAAGUCCGGAGCCGGAGCCAACAAUGAUCUUGCAUGACGAUUUAUCUCGCCAUAACAUCCUUGUCAACGAAGACGGAAUGCUGACCGGCGUGGUUGACUGGGAGUGCAUCUCAGCUCUGCCGCUCUGGAUCGCUUGCCAGUUCCCCUCAAUUCUGCAGGGGAAACCACUCGAUGAGAGGCCAAUCAAAAGCAGAUAUCACCAUGACGAGAAUGGGAAGAAUUAUGAGCUAACACAGCUUCGUCGACUAUUCCUGGAAGAGAUGCGAAGGUUGCAACCUACAUGGGUUGAGAUCUUCGAGUCAAGUCAGCGGCAGAGGGAUUUUGAUCUUGCCGUCGCUAGCUGUGAUGACUCCUUCUUGAUACGCAGAAUUCGGAAUUGGCUCGAUGACAUAGACUUAGGGGUGAAAAACUUGCAGGGUUUAGAGGAAAGAAUAGAUAACGCAUCGCUCUAGACGAGUCAUAUUAUGGAUAGUCGUAGGUAGAACCCUCUGCAAGAGCUCUCGCCUAUGGUCAUAUCUGAGAAAGGCAGCAACAAUGUGCAGCCUGAAUAGACAGUCUUCCCCCGU